UGCACACCUCAUUGCGCAUACGUCGAUUCCGCAGUUGUAUUGAGUGAGCUUCCACGAUAUAAUCCUAGUAUUCCCUUGACUCUACCACCUGCCAACCUUACCCCUCGGGAGCCUCUUUUUCUUGCAUACUAGGGUCCUGAUCACAACCUCCCGAAAUGGCCGAACCACCCAUUGUUCUCGAUGGGGGUACCGGUUUCCUCAAGGUCGGCUAUGCCGCUCAAAACUUCCCUGAACAUCAAUUCCCCUCCAUAGUCGGCCGACCGAUCCUCCGCUCAGAAGAGCGAGCAGGCGACAUCGUGGUUAAGGACAUCAUGUGCGGCGAUGAGGCUGCCGCGGCAAGAUCAAUGCUUCAAAUAAGUUAUCCUGUACAUCCACACCCGUCCCGUCCGACCCUCUAUGGAUUCUUUCAUCCCGCUGACACAGUCUCUCCUUAAGAUGGAAAAUGGCAUUGUCAAGAAAUGGGACGACAUGCAACACCUUUGGGACUUCACCUUCUUCGAGAAACUCCGGAUCGAUCCGACGGGACGCAAGAUCCUCCUCACUGAACCGCCCAUGAACCCUCUCAAGAACCGCGAACAAAUGUGCCAAGUCAUGUUCGAGCGCUACAACUUCGGCGGGGUCUAUGUGGCCAUCCAAGCCGUCCUAGCGCUCUACGCACAAGGCCUCUCAUCCGGUGUGGUCGUAGACUCCGGCGACGGCGUCACCCACAUCGUCCCUGUUUACGAGUCGACCGUACUCAACCACCUGACCCGCCGCCUCGACGUGGCCGGGCGAGAUGUAACCCGCAAUCUGAUUGCCCUGCUCCUGCGACGGGGCUAUGCGCUUAACCGAACAGCCGACUUCGAAACUGUCCGCCAGAUCAAAGAGAAGCUCUGCUACGUGUCGUACGAUCUCGGCCUGGACCAGCGGCUGUCCGAAGACACCACCGUGCUCGUCGAAUCGUACACUCUACCCGACGGACGAGUCAUUCGCGUUGGCAGCGAACGCUUCGAAGCGCCUGAGUGUCUGUUCCAACCUCACUUAGUCGACGUCGAGCAGCCCGGCAUCGCCGAGUUUUUGUUUAACACGAUCCAGGCCGCCGACGUGGACGUGCGGAGCAGUCUGUACAAAGCCAUCGUCUUGUCCGGUGGGAGCAGCAUGUAUCCCGGCCUGCCGUCCCGGUUGGAGAAGGAACUCAAACAACUUUGGCUGACGCGGGUGCUGGGCGGAAAUCCGGAGCGACUGAAUAAAUUCAAGGUCAGGAUAGAGGAUCCGCCGAGGCGGAGACAUAUGGUAUUCCUUGGUGGAGCGGUGCUGGCAAAUAUCAUGUCUGACAAAGAGAAUAUGUGGAUUUCGAAGCAGGAGUGGGAGGAACAGGGGGCCAGAGCAUUGGAGAAAUUAGGGCCUAGGUCGUGACGAAAAUGAAUUACUACGUAUGUUGAAAGAUGUGCCUGGAAAGUGUAGGAUCGGGCUGCACGGUCAGCGAAUGGAUAUGGGGGGGCAACCUUGACAAAGCGUAGGUGAUGUGCGGCGCGCACCAGGGCCUUAUGGAUAUGGCCUGAAACAAGCACGAGAAUGAGAACGAGGAACGCGAACUCGGUACGAAUGGAGCGUCGUGUCCAGAGCGCAAUGGCAGGUUUCGUUCCGCGCGGGCACCGAGAAGACAGAGUAUGAUGAGAUAUACCGAUGAAGGGCAAAAGACAAGAUACCUGGUACAGUACCUUAGACUAGUCUACUUGAACCUGCCCUGCCCUGCCCUGACACGGCAAGGGGGUGCUGCAUGCGGCACCCACCCAUGUUCCAUUCGGACUGGCCUCUGCAAUGACUACCUAGAUACGGAGUAUAGGGAAAGAAAUGAAUUUGACACGAGAAAUCUGAGAAUGGGAAUAAAAAUGAUGAG